UAAUGCUGAUUGGAAAAAAAAUUGGAGAUUAUAAGCUUCUUGAGGAAUUAGGUAGAGGAUCAUUUGGCUGUGUAAUUUUAUGAAUUAAUAAAAAAUACAAUAGGUAUAUAAAUGUUAGAAUAUGUAUGAUUAAUCCUACCAUGCUAUAAAAAUUAUUCAAUUUGAAUCUCUUAAAAAUUGUGAAGGGAUAGUUGGGGAAUUACUAAAAGAUGAGAUUAGUGUAUUGGCUAAAAUAGAUUCUCCUAAUGUAUUAAAAUUAGAACAUUAUUUUUAAUCAAGCACCAAUUGUUAUAUUUUAAUGGAAUAUUGUAAUGGUAAUUUUUAAAAAAUAUAAAAUCUUUUAGCAGGGGAUUUGGAAAAAUAUUGGGAAAAAUAAGGUAAGAGAAUAAAAGAAUAGAAUGUUAUAGAUAUAAUUAUAUAAGUAUUAAAUGGAUUAUAUGAAUUACAUAAACUUAAUGUGAUUCAUAGAGAUAUCAAAUUGGCAAAUAUUUUAAUGCACAAUGAUCAAGUAAAAAUUGCUGAUCUUGGUUUCUGUAAAUAAUUGCAAAACAAAGUUAUUUAAUAAAAUUAUUGUAGGAUAUGGAAGUCAGGUUAUGUUUAGGAACAAUGGGGACAAUGGCACCAGAGGUUGCUAGAUUUGAUAGUUAUGGAUUAUAAUCAGAUAUCUUUUCUAUUGGAUGUAUAUUUUAUUAACUUUUGUUUGGUGAAUUACCUUUUGAAUGUUAUGAUGUUUAAUUCUAUUUAUAAGCUAUUCGAUAAUGUAAUUAAAUUUUGUAGUUUUUAAUAGAGAAAAUUGAUUUUUAAAAGUAUGGAGUUGUAAUUUCAAAUGAAGUCAAAGAAAUUAUAAGUAAAAUGUUAAUAGAGGAUCCAAAAGAAAGAUUAACUUUUCCUCAAUUAUUUUAAUAUUCCUUAUUUAAAAAAGUUCAAAAUAUGUCUUAGGUGAGUAAAAUUGCAUAGAAAAAUUUUAGCAAAAUAGAAACUUCUAAGUUCUAUUAGAAUAUUUAUGAUAAUAAGAAAGAUAUUUAAAUAUAAUAGACUGGUAUGAAUGUCUUGAGAUAAAAUGAAGACAUCUUAAGAACUUAGUAAAAUGAACAAUAUCAAAUUGUGAAUAAUAUAUAGUAAAAUAGUAGAAUUAAUCAAAAUCAUUAUGAUUAAGAGAACGUAUAAAAAUUAACUUAUGAAUUAUUAUCUACCAAAUAUUUGUCUCCAAAUUAAUAAUCAAUUUCUAAUACUUUAUAAUAACUCAAAGAUAAUGAGAUAGCUUUCAAAUCAGAUAAACAAUAAAAUAAUAUACCUAGCUAAAUUAGUGAUUAUACAUAAACUAUUUAAAAAUAUCGAAUUUUAUUAGAUGCUUUAGAAUAUUGCUAAAGGACAUAUACUGAAAUUGAUCAAAUAACAUUUUUAAUAUAAAGCUAAGUAAUAAUUAUAUUGUAUUAAAGUCUUUGAUUGGUAAAUUUAUGCUCUUAAAAAGAAUAAGAUCUGAAAGUAAAGUUUAUUUCUAAGAAUUGUCUAAUAAUCCACAAAUAUCUGAAUUAAAAGAUGUCUUCAAACCUUUUAUUGAAAAUAAUUAAUUCGAUAUUGUGCUUAAUUAAAUGUAUCUAUUAUAAUUUAAUAUCCAAUAGAAAAAGUUCUAAAUAACUUCUAAAUAAUUUAUGCUAAAAUUAUGAUAAUGAGAUUCAAGAGUAGGCAACAGGAAUAUUUCACUUAAAUUAUUAUUAAGCAUUGAUGGAUUUGCAUACAUAAAUUAAAUAAGAAAUUAAUAGAGAAGCUGAAAUUAAAAAAAAGAAAGUUUUAGUCAUUGUUUUAAUUCAUAUUUAAAGAUGUAUGCAUUUUCAAGAUCUGUGUUCAUAAAAAAUAGAUCUUGUAGAGGAAUUCUUUAAUAUCAAAAACAAAAAUUUAAUUGAUAUAAUCAAGAAAGUUUAAUUUUGA